GUCCGUCUUUCCGCUGCGCGAGUUGCUGCGCUUACGCUGCGUUGAACGAAGUACAGAUUGCUUGUGUGCUUCGGAACGAAGAGUUCGCUCAAUUUUAAGCUAUGGGUUUCCGUAAAAUGUCUUCCAACAGGAAAAAGAAAAAUCGUUUGAGAAGAGGUCAACGACUGACCUUGUACUUGUGACGAAAAGAGCCACGUUUGAAAAAUGAAUGAGAGGAUGCGAAUGUUUUCAAAAAGAUAAUGGAAGAUUCCACUAUGGCUGAUUUUCAGCCAUCCUUAAGUUUGGAAGACAAGAAAGUAACCACAGCAGCAACAAAUCAGCAACCUACACUACUUUCAUCUCUUAGAAGUGUUCUUUUUGUAAUAAGUACAGUUCUUAUUGGAUUUGCAGCCUUCAGAAAUACAUUAACAUGGCAUCUGCAAAGAUUUUGGGGAGCAUCAGGAGACUUUUGGCAAUCCCAAUGGGACAAAGUUCUUGAUAUUUUUGGUGAAGAUCCAUAUAACUUUUGGGUUUAUGGUACAAUGCUAUUGACAUUUGUAGUAUAUUGGCUGUUUGGAGGCAUUUACACAAUAUUAGAUAUAACUAAUAAACCAGCAGCUUUACGGCGAUAUAAAAUUCAACCUGGAACAAAUGAACCUGUUGAAACAAAAAAGCUUUUGAAAGUGAUCAUGUGGGUCCUUGUUAAUCAAUUAGUAGUAGGAUUACCUGCCUCCUCUCUAAGUUAUAAGCUGAUGCAGUGGCGUGGGUUUCCUCCCCUACGAGAACUACCUACUUUCCAUUGGGUGCUGGCAGAAAUGGCAGUUCUUAUUUUAAUGGAGGAAAUUGGAUUUUAUUAUUCUCAUAGAUUGCUCCAUAGCCGCUACCUGUAUCGCUUUAUUCACAAGAGGCAUCAUGAAUGGACUGCCCCUAUCGCUGUCACUGCUAUUUAUUGCCAUCCUAUUGAACAUAUAUUUUCCAAUUUACUCCCUCCACUACUUGGUGUGCUAUUGAUGGGAUCUCAUGUAGCAACUGCAUAUCUUUGGUUUUCUUUGGCAAUCCUAUCUACACUAAAUGCCCAUUCUGGCUACCACUUACCCUUUUUCCCUUCUCCAGAAGCGCAUGAUUUUCAUCAUCUCAAAUUUAAUCAAUGUUUUGGAGUUUUGGGAGUUCUUGAUCGCUUACAUGGAACAGAUACAGUCUUCAGAAACACUCAAGCUUAUGCUCGUCAUGUCAUGAUGCUAAGCCUUAUCCCACCGAGAGAAGCAUUUCCUGAUCAGAUGAGCUGCAAAACAAAAUAGUUAUGCUCAUUGACACUUGACUUUGUAGGUAAACGCUUAUCUUCAAGAGUUGAUUUUAAUUUUUUAUGUUUUCAUGGCUGAAUUGUAAUUAACAUGAAUUUAUGUAUCAGUAGACCAUCAUAAUGUUAGAAAUUUAUUUUCUUAAGAAACAUUUCUUUUUGCAUCAACAUGCUCUAUAAGGAAAUUUAUAAUUUCAUUUACUCUGCAAGUGGAUGUAGAAAGUUAUUUUGAAAUGAAAUCAAACAAUAACAAAUAUUUCGUCAAACUAUUUUCCUUUUUCAUUUCUGGUGACUAAGCUUAAUGUACUACAUACUUUGUUGAGAAACAUUUAAACAAAUGGGAAUUUUAAAAUAAACAAAUUUGAAAACUUGAUGUAUUGUUCAAUUUUUUUACUUGGUGCAGUCAUGAUUGACUGAUGAAGUACUUCCAGAUUUUCUUAUGUUUGCGCUGAAUAUAUUGAAUUAAUGUAUUUUUUUAAUUUUUAUAAAUUCUCAUUGGAGCUUGAUUUUUAAAUAAGAAAAGUUAAGAAUGCAAUAUUGUUUGUAAUGCAUUAUAACAUGGGAUUAGUCUUCUCAACUGCAGAGUUUUUUUAUUCAUAUAAUGCUGUGUACAUCUUGUAUAAUUUGUAAUUUUGUGAGGUGCAAACUUUCUCAUUGUUUUCCCAAUUUGUUUUGAACUAUAAACGCUCACAACCUCUGAGCUCUGAACUAUGUGGUUAUGUCCCACAUGUGUUAUGGGGUCCAAGCUUGUACACAACAAAGUCAAACUACUAAUAACAAUUGUUUGAUCUCCAUAAAUAUUGAAUGAGAACAAAAUUGCAGUAAACUUUACAACUAAAAUCCAUAAAUGCAAAUAUAUUUAUAAAUAUAUAUGCAUGGACUGAAAAACUAUACUAAAGUUUUAAGUAAUAAACAGGCCUGGAAAGUAAAUGUAUGAAGAAAGUAAUUGCUGUACUUACCUUCAUAUGGCAUUAAUGAAAAGUAAGCAGUUAUUUUGUUAACAUAGAUUUGAACAUUAGACUCAAAUUUAAUAAAUAAUUUUGUUGCUCCUAAAAAUUAACUGAUUUUUUAUUAAACUCAAAACAAUUAUUUUCUUUUAUAUUUUCUGUAAAUCUAUUUUACUGAAAUCAAAAUAUACUUUAUGAUCAAACUAUUCGCUAAAUUCAACAUUUAUAAACGUGAAAUUGAAUUUUUCAAGCCAAACACAAUUAGCUUAUCUUUACUGGAAUGCAUUAUCCUUAAUUGAUUUCUGGGUUUAUGAUAUUUUUGGGGUUGUACUAAGAACAUUUUUAUAACCGUGUGAAAGUCAUAUUUUAAAUUUAUUUAUCUCUGUACCAAAAACUAUACUUGUCCCCACUCAUAACUCAAAAGCUGGCAGUAUAUGAAGUUGUAGGCUUCCGCGCCCAGAUCACCCAGCUGGCAGUAUAGUUUCUCGGUAUCCUGCAUAUUUGUAUAUAGUUUGCAGUGGAGCAUCAUUUUUAACCUAUUAACAAAAAAAGUAUAUUUUUAUGUCCAUAGUAGUA